AUGAUGACAAGUGCUGCUCCUACUGCUUGGAGACAGGCCUCUGCCUUCUCCAGGCGCUUUGCCACCUACAGUUCCCGCGUUCCCCGGGUCGCCACCGGUCUGCGCGCCCGCUCAUAUGUCACCGAGACCAAGGCCGGCCAAGCUCAGGUCAAUGUCGAUGCCGCCAUCAAGGAGGAACAAAAGUCUUUCAUGAAGCAGGCUGGUAUGGCGCCUGCGGGCGUCAACCUGCCUGGCUCCGCAACCUCCGGAGACACCGCGAUGAGUCCCACCGCCGGCAUUCUGAAGCAGGCCACCGUUAUGGACCAGGGCACCCGGCCAAUCUAUCUCGACAUGCAAGCCACCACCCCUCUGGACCCCCGAGUCCUCGAUAAAAUGCUUCCUUACCUCACCGGUAUCUACGGCAACCCCCACUCGCGCACACACGCCUACGGAUGGGAGUCGGAAAAGGGCGUCGAAGAGGCCCGUGACCACAUCGCCAAGCUGAUCGGAGCUGACCCUAAGGAAAUUAUCUUCACCAGCGGUGCCACAGAGAGCAACAACAUGAGCCUGAAGGGUGUUGCGCGAUUCUUUGGUCGCUCCGGAAAGAAGAACCACAUCAUCACCACCCAGACCGAGCACAAGUGUGUCCUGGACAGCUGCCGACACUUGCAGGAUGAGGGUUUCGAGGUGACCUACUUGCCCGUUCAGAACAAUGGUUUGAUCCGCAUGUCCGACCUCGAAGCCGCUAUGCGCCCUGAGACUUGCAUCGUCAGUGUCAUGGCCGUCAACAACGAGAUUGGUGUGAUUCAGCCCCUGGAGGAAAUUGGCCGUCUCUGUCGAUCCAAGAAGGUCUUCUUCCACACCGACGCUGCGCAGGCCGUUGGAAAGAUCCCACUGGACGUCAACAAGCUGAACAUCGACCUGAUGUCCAUUUCCAGCCACAAGAUCUACGGUCCCAAGGGUAUUGGUGCUUGCUUUGUCCGUCGCCGCCCACGUGUUCGUCUUGACCCUCUCAUCACCGGAGGUGGCCAGGAAAGAGGUCUGCGUAGUGGAACUCUUGCCCCACACUUGAUCGUUGGCUUCGGUGAGGCUUGUCGUCUUGCUACUACCGACAUGGAGUACGAUACUAAGCACAUCGAACGUCUCUCCAAGCGCCUGAGCGAAGGUCUCCUCGCCAUGGAGCACACCACACUGAAUGGUGACCCCAAGGCCCACUACCCCGGUUGCGUGAACAUCUCUUUCGCCUAUAUUGAGGGAGAAUCUCUCCUCAUGGCCCUCAAGGACAUUGCUCUGUCCUCUGGCAGUGCUUGCACCUCCGCCUCUCUGGAGCCUUCCUACGUGCUGCGCGCACUCGGCAGCAGUGAUGAGAGCGCCCACAGCAGUAUUCGAUUCGGUAUUGGUCGCUUCACCUCCGAUGAGGAGAUUGAUUACGUUCUUAAGGCUGUCCAGGCCCGUGUGUCUUUCCUGCGUGAGCUGAGCCCGCUUUGGGAGUUGGUGCAGGAGGGCAUCGACCUGAACACGAUUGAGUGGAGCCAGCACUGA